UCCUCCAGAUGCGAGCUCGUGUGAAAGGACGCAGUUCGCUGCCACCUUUGCGCCCAGCGUUAAAUUGAUGCUACCUGGUCUAAGUUCAUCGUAAGGACGGUUACACCAGGAGCUUGAGGGGCGGGGAAGGAGAAUAUAUGUUGCUGCUUUUUAAAUCUGAUGGAGAAAGAUCCACUCUCCAUUCUGCCGAGAAACAAGAAAGGAGUGAAGGCAGGCACCUGGUGGUGAAAGACAGUAAAACAAGAAAAAAGAAAUCUGCACUGUCAGAAUAUCCUCCUUCUAUUUUCCUCAACUCUGUUUGAACGUAAAUCCUAUCGGGACGAGAUUUUUUCUUUUAGGACUUGUGCUGACAGCAACACAAUAAACAAAUAAACAAACAACUAAUUAAAUACAUAAAGCGAUAAAAAAUAAAGAACCCGUGAAUUAAAAUCUCGAAGGCAUGUAAGCGCCAGUGAAUGGCUAGUUAGGAUUUUAUACCAGCGCACGGAGCGUUGCCUUGUGCUGCUCGGAUGCUGAAUGAGCUCCUAAAGAAAUCGUCGGAAUGAGGGACAGCUUUUCUCCACUGUUUCGCUCUCCAGUCUGAUCACCCUUUUCCUUCCGAAAUCUGCCGCAUGAAGCUGUCCAAGGAACUCGGCUUUCUGAGGAUGCAGCAAUUUGCUAGUCGUUAGCUCAUUGCAGAAGACGACAUGAUCUCACGUUGAUGGAAUUUGCUCGUUUGAUUAGGUUUGGCAAGUCUGUUUACAAGGGAGAUUACUUGCCUUUCGAUUUUAUGAGAAGUUCAAAAAAUAUUUGUUGGCGGUGGUUAUUAUUUCAUUUUGAAGCCUUUGGAGGCGUGAGCUGGUGGGAAUGAGACAGAGGAAAGCUUUCAGGGUUUGGAGGACUGGGAUGAGUUUAAACUGGAAACUACAAGUCUAAUUUUGUCAACUUACUUAUACUUUACAAUUCAGUCCUUCUUAAUGGACCGGACGACAUCACUGGACAUCGAGGCUCUGAAGAUGACCCAGGAGCAGUACAUUUUGGCUUCACAGCCAAAUAAUCUUCAGAGACCUGGAAGUGCUCCUGCAUAUCCUGUGGGUAUAUAUGGCUGGAGGAAAAGAUGUUUAUACUUCUUUGUUCUGUUGCUACUGGUUAUAAUGAUAGUAAAUUUGGCUUUAACUAUAUGGAUUCUAAAAGUCAUGAAUUUCACAGUGGAUGGAAUGGGAAGUCUGAGAGUUAGUAAACAUGGAAUACGGCUGGAAGGCAUAUCAGAGUUCCUUUUCCCACUCUAUGUUAAAGAAAUCCAUUCAAGAAAGGACAGUCCACUGAUACUGCAGUCUGACAGAAACGUGACUGUGAAUGCCAGGAAUGAACUUGGUCAGCUUACAGGACAACUUACUGUUGGAUCAGAGGCGGUUGAAGCUCAGUGUCAGCGGUUUGAAGUCAGAUCAAAUGAAGAUGGAAAAAUCCUGUUUUCUGCAGAUGAAGAGGAGGUCAGCAUUGGUGCAGAAAAGCUUAGAGUAACAGGAACAGAAGGAGCAGUAUUUGGUCAUUCUGUGGAGACUCCUCAUAUCCGAGCAGAACCUUUUCAAGAUCUUAGGCUUGAAUCUCCAACAAGGACCCUUACAAUGGAAGCUCCAAAGGGGGUUGAAAUUAGUGCAGACGCAGGGGAUUUCAAGGCCACCUGUCGUAAAGAGAUGCAACUUCAGUCUACUGAGGGAGAGAUAUUUUUAAAUGCGAACACAAUCCGUUUAGGAAAUCUUCCACAUGGUUCAUUUGCCACUUCCUCACCUGGUUCAACAGGACCAAAACAGACUGUCUAUGAGCUGUGUGUUUGCCCAAAUGGAAAACUGUAUCUUUCACCGGCUGGAAUGGGAUCCACUUGUCAAUCUACUAGCAAUGUAUGUUUAUGGAGCUGAAAGCAGAUUAAUUUUUAUACACCAGAAUAGCCUUUGGUACUUCUUACAAUUGUCUCCCCAAACUGAAAAUCAGGAAUUGCAAAAGGCUUCCAAUGCCACUUCUUCCAGACUGUGCAGAAGUAAAAUGAUGCCUUUUUUUUUUUUAAUUUUU